AUGACUCCAAGAGUUUGUCUACAGUAUUCUAUUUCUUAUGCAUUAUCUUCAAAAUUUGUGAAGUCAACUAGCAGCGGACGUCAUCUUAGCGUCUCCGUCAGUCAGAACACUCAAAAGAAUUUUGUGCGUUUGCCAAGUCCCGUUCAAACGAGAAAAAAGAUGGAUACGAUGCAUGGAUUUCUGGUUCCAACGUAUACUUUACAUGAUUUUGAUGAUGGAGAAGAGUGUAAAGUUGUUCGUAUGAUUUUCCAAUUAUCCGGGGUUCCAUUCGAAUUCAAACAUGUUCAUCGUGACGAUUACAUUCUUGAGGACUACCCAUUUUACGCUCUUCCAGCUCUCGAAAUGAACGAAAGAAAGUAUGGAAGUGUUCUCUCAAUUUGCAGACAUUUAGCAUGGAGAUACAACUUGUCUGGAAAAACCGCAUACGAUGAUGCACAAGUCGAUGAUAUUGCAGAGAAGGUGUUCGAAGUUCGAAUGAGAAUCAAAAAUUGGAUUGAUCACAUCGAACAUGCUGCUGAUCAUGCCUGUGAUGAGGAGUGCACUGAAGUAACCGCCGCCCGCCUGCUGACCGAGACACUAUUCCCUUGCCUCGAGCGUGUGUUGAAGGCAGCACCCUCUUCAUGGCUAGUUGGACACACAGUGAGUGUUGCGCGCGUAGCGCAGGGGAUGACCUGGGCUGAUCUUCUGGUCGCCUGUCUUGUGAAUCCCAUAAUCUACCAUCGACCAAAACUUCUUCAGGACUUCCCAUUGCUCUAUUUGCACAACGAAAAGGUUGCACAUCAUGAUGACUUAGUCGGAUUUUUAUAUCAUGUCAGAACCCUAAAAAACAAGUGUGGACUCUGUUCAUGUAUUGUUUUGAAUGCAUUUUUUAUUAACUUUCAAUUUUUAAGCCGGUUUUACUACUAUGUCGUUUAUAAUUUGUGGGACAAUAAAAUCUUAUAUAAAAUGAGCUUGUCGAAGAAUCGGAAAAGUUUGGAAUUGGAUGAAGAAAAUGAGUCGUCUGCCAACUAUUUGCGUUCUCAAUGGACCGUUUGUGUCAAAUCUGCAAAAGUGUUGAAGAAGGUGACUGUGGUGAUGAGAAGUGCCGAACGAGUGGACCGCGUUUUUGGCUCCGCGUGGAUUUCAUCGGAGAAGUACAUGACAAAGAUUUACGCUACAGACGUCAAUGUUCCGAGAGGAGCAACUCUUCAUCCACAUAGCUACCAGUUCAACCCACCAAUCACUAACAUGGGUAAAUACUCAUCUCAACUGAUCGCUCGUGCUCUUCGUAACCGUGGAAUCGAACCGAAUGUGAUUUUCUGUUCUCCAACACUUCGCACUCUUCAAACAGCAGCCGCAAUUGCCAAAUCGACAGGAGCCCGAGUUCUUGUCGAACCUGGACUCCUAGAGCCAAUGGAAUGGUACCGUAGAGCGGGUGCAAAACAGCUUCCCGAUUUUAUGGAUGAGAUUUUCGACAUCCCUCAAAUCGAUAAAACUUACAAACCAAUAUUCUCCAUGCAUGAGUUUACCAGCAUGUUCGAGGCAAAAAGUCAGGAUCAGUGUAUUCAGCGUAUCAUGCUUGUUGUCAAAAAUAUCUGCGUCAUUUCACGUGAUUGUCCAGCCAUGAUUGUUGGUCAUGCUGUCACUAUGGAUGUCGCAUCUCGUAUCGGACAACACGGAGACAUAUUGAGCAGUGAUAACAUUGAAGACUUGACCUCAUAUGAAGAUUCCACAUAUCCAUCUGAUCCAAGCGGUCAAGCUGCCAAACUAGAAAUGGGGGUUCGUUACCCACCAUCGAGUGUGAUGGCAUUGGUUCGUAGCAACGAUGCUCCGCCACAUGUGCUCAAAACUGUUCCGGACCUGAUUCCACCACUCACCAUGGGAUCGUUUUCUAACAAGAUUCUGCAUUGA